CAGGGCUCAAUCAACAUGUCAGCAGCAGCUAACAAGGACCAGGGUGAGAAGAAGGAGAAUCCCAUGAAGGAACUCCGCAUCCGCAAGCUGUGCCUGAACAUCUGCGUCGGGGAGAGUGGAGACAGGCUGACCCGGGCCGCCAAGGUGCUGGAGCAGCUCACCGGACAGACCCCCGUCUUCUCCAAGGCCCGCUACACUGUGCGAUCCUUCGGCAUCCGUAGGAAUGAAAAGAUCGCUGUCCACUGCACCGUCCGUGGAGCCAAGGCAGAGGAGAUCCUGGAGAAGGGACUCAAGGUGCGUGAGUACGAGUUGAGGAAGAACAAUUUCUCUGACACCGGGAACUUUGGCUUUGGCAUCCAGGAGCACAUUGAUCUGGGCAUCAAGUACGACCCCAGCAUCGGCAUCUACGGACUGGACUUCUACGUGGUCCUGGGCAGGCCCGGCUUCAGCAUCGCCGACAAGAAGCGGAAAAGAGGCCGCAUUGGUUACAAGCACCGCAUCCGUAAAGAGGAGUCCAUGCGCUGGUUCCAGCAGAAAUAUGAUGGCAUCAUCCUCCCUGGCAAGUAAAGGACGGCCUUUUUGAACUUGUUUGUAACAAACUAAUAAAAUGGAAAAAAAUACCA